AUGUCAUUUGAUUCUGAUACUCAACAAGUAGCUUUAGCAAUAACAGAUGAACAUGCCACACCUCUACCUAGACAAGUGCGACGUCGACGUAAACGUCAAUCGGAGAGACGAAAUUAUUGUACGGAAGAUUAUAUUGUUCGAUAUGGUGUACCUGUACUCAUUGUUAUACUACUGAUUGUGCUCUUUGUCUUGGCUUUUCUUGCUAUACGCAGAUAUAACAGACGGUGUCAACCAAACAAAGAAUCAACGUGUCGAGGAUUGAUAUGGUUUUUUACUUAA